AUCUGUUUCCUCCAGUGUCUCAAAUGUGUUGAAGAUAGAGACAAUAAUCCUCAUCAUCUGUCUGCUCUGGUGUCACCAGUCGGAUCUCCUGUCCGCUCAGUGCGUGUAUGUAGAGAAAGUCAAACCCCGGAAAUGAAAAAGCAAAGAAGUGGUAAAAUUGCACAUGGUGAUUGCGAUCGAGGACGAUGCAUCCUAACUGGCUUUAACUGAUCUGAUCGCAUUGAUGCUUUCUUUGAUGGAUGUUGAACGGCUGAACAUUUUCUUCAGGACUCCAAUCAUUCUGCUUUAGAUCAAGCUCUGCGUCUCUCGAUAAUGUCGCACUGAAAUGGAUAAAGCCACAAAUGCCCUCGGAGUGACUUCUAAUCCUUAUCAAUAGCAUCGACAGUCAAGCAGCAUCAGGACCAGCCUCAGUCUUCAAACGAGAAAACGAAAACGCGAUUUUCUCCGCACGCCAGCAGAAGUGUAUUUGUCCCCGGCGAGCCGCCGUUGAAAUGGGAGAGAACAUGUCAAAAAGACUGAAGCUUGUCACGGGUUCCGAAUCAGAGAUGGAGGAACGCAGUUUUAAUAACCCUUUCUCAGACUGGGACCAGGGAGUGCUUGUGUCUUCAAAUUCAGAAGAGGACAGUAACAGCAACGAUCCUUUUGAUGCGAACGGGAAGAUCAGUGAUGCCUUUGAGAAGAAAGUGCAGAACAAGAUCAAAGAUCUUCUUCUGCAAAUGGAGGAGGGCUUGAAGACUGCAGAUCCACAUGAUUUUUCCACUUAUACAGGCUGGACAGGCAUAGCCCUGCUCUACCUGCAGCUUCACCGCGUGACCCACGAGGCCUCUCAUCUGCAGCGCGCUCAGGAUUACGUCAAACGCACGCUGCGCAACCUAAACGGACGGCGUGUCACCUUCCUCUGUGGAGAUGCUGGGCCAUUAGCCGUAGGUGCGGUUAUACACCACCGCUUACAAAACCAGGCUGAGUCCCAGGAGUGUAUCACUAAAUUGCUCCAGCUCCAGCGUGCGGUUCUCAGUCCCGACUCUGACAUGCCCGAUGAGCUUCUAUACGGGCGGGCCGGAUACCUCUUCGCAUUGCUGUACGUCAAUAAAGAAAUUGGGCCUGAGACGGUGGAUGACACCACCAUCGCUAAGGUGGUGAUGGCUAUUUUGGAGUCGGGGAAGAACUUGUCAAAAGAAGAGAAGAAAACCGAGCGCUGCCCACUGCUGUACGAGUGGCAUCAGAAACAAUAUGUUGGAGCAGCUCAUGGCGUGGCCGGCAUCUACUACAUGCUCAUGCAGCCCAGUGCUAAAGUAAAUCAGGACAUUUUGAAUGAGCUGCUUCGGCCUAGUGUCGAUUACGUGCGGCACAAGAAGUUUCGCUCGGGUAAUUACCCAUCAUCCCUCAGCAACGAGACCGACAGACUGGUGCACUGGUGUCACGGAGCACCUGGGGUGGUGCAUAUGCUCAUCAUGGCUCAUAAAGUCUUCAAGGAUGAUAAAUACGUGAAAGAUGCUGUUGAAUGUGGAGAGUUGAUAUGGCAGAGAGGUUUACUGAGGAAAGGUUACGGGCUCUGUCAUGGCACAGCGGGGAAUGGAUAUGCCUUUCUCUCCCUCUACCAUCUCACACAGGAUAAGAAGUACCUGUAUCGUGCCUGCAAGUUUGGUGAAUGGUGUCUGGAUUAUGGAACCCAUGGCUGUCGUAUUCCAGACCGGCCUUAUUCUCUUUUCGAAGGUAUGGCUGGAGCCAUCCAUUAUCUCUCUGAUCUCACCCAGCCCGAUACCUCCUGCUUUCCUGCUUUUCAACUUUGACCUGUACGUUUAGAAGCAUAGACUUUACUCCUUCAUUGGGGCUUUACAUGCUUUCACAGCGCACAUUUGAACAUCCUGGAUGGACCCUUUAAUAUGACGAAGACGAAAUGUCUUCCUCAUCACAACGGACGCAAAAAAGCCAACCUUCUGCCUAUAACUUUAAACAUCGCCUCCUUCUGUCUCUGUAGCUUGUAGGUUUUAUUCAUAUGUUGUUGAUUUUGUGCUGAGAUUUGAUUUCUGUCUGUAUAUCUAUUGGCACUAUGUUUUGCUGAAACAGUUUUUUUUCAUCUGCAUGCUUGCAUUGGUUUGAUGCGUCUGUCCCACACCAGGGGCGAUUUAUGUGUUCAGGACCUGUAUAUGUUGUCUGUGUCUUUGCAUGAGGAUGGUAACACAUGUACUCAUGUUGGAAUGUCCUGGUGUAUAUGUGCCUGUAGAUAUGAUAUCAACAUGGUGUUAUUGUUUAUUAUGUGCUUUGCGUUGAUCGGUAACACUUUACAUUAACAUACCCUUUAUGAAGCAUUUAUACAUUUGUACUUUAAUGAUUAAUAAGUCAUUUACAAAUGCAUUAUAAAGCAGUUAUAACUGCAUGAAUAAAAAGGGGAUUCAUCGAAAAACCUGCCAAAUAGUGAGCAGGUAUACGAAGAACAACAUAACACCCUACAGUGUCCAGUCUGAUAGACUAUAUUGCAAACAACAUCAAGAUAAUAAUGAAUAAUGAUAAUAAUGCUUUCGAGACAAAGAAGUGAAUAAAUACAUUUAUUAAGCAUUUAUAACAUGCGUGUUAAAAAUGUCUCACUGUUUGGCAGGUAUUUUGUUAGAAUCCCUCUUUUUAUUCAUGCAGUUAUAACUGCUUCAUAAUGCAUUUGUAAAUGACUUAUUAAUCAUUAAUGAACACAUCUAGGGGUACCUUCCUGUAAAGUGUUACCCGUAUGUCAAAGUAUUUCGUUCCAGUUGCUGUUGAUGAAUGUUUUGGUGAAAGAAUCCAUUGUUGAAUGACCCGUCAUGUUAAAUUUUGUUUCCUCAGGCAUAACUGUGUUAUGAAUGUCACAAUAAAUUGAGCUUUUUUUUGAACCGGUCA